AUGGGUAUCUUUGUCUCUCAAAGGAAAUACACCAUUGAUCUAUUACGGGAUACAGGUAAAUUAGGUGUAAGGCCGGCAGAUACUCCUAUGGAUGUGGACCACAAGCUAGGUGACUGUAUUGGUGAACCUCUGAAAGAUGUGAAGCAGUUCCAAAAGUUAGUGGGAAAGCUGAUUUAUCUAUCCAUGACCCGUCCAGAUAUUGCCUAUUCAGUUGGGGUUCUUAUCCAGUUUAUGCACUCUCCUAAGAAGCCACACAUGGAGGCAGUAGAGAGGGUCCUUAGAUACUUGAAGAAACAUCCAGGAACAUGCCUACUGUUCAGUAAACACAAUCACCUAAAGGUGGAAGUCUUUACAAAUGCUGAUUGGGYAGGAGYUGUGGAUGAUAGAAAGUCCACUAGUGGGUAUUGCACAUAUGUGGGAGGGAAUCUGGAUAUGUCACCAGGGGCAUACUUGUAA